AGCUUUAUUCAGAAGCCACAGACGGCCGAAUAUGGAUAAUUUGCCUUUGAUGAACCAUUGCGAAUGAAGCGUAAAAUUGCGCUCUCUCUUUCUCUCUCCGCCCCGGUCCUGUCCGUCACCCGUCGCUUUUUAUUCAUCCCCAAAUUACAUUAAUGUCAUGAGUUGAGCCCCACGCCCCUGUUUUGCUAUUUCCCCCCUUACUUUUUUAGCAAAUAAACGACCUAACUCGUUCAUGUCAUCGGCAUAAUCACUUGGGAGACGUCCUGAGGCCGGGGGAUCUGGGUCCAAUCCUCUGAGGGGAGACGGGGGUUUGUGUAACUCUACUCAAACCUGAGGGGGAGUUCGGAGUGUUUGGUCAACGGCAGUGGUUCCUGGAAAAGAUCUGAAUCGCUCCAUAACCAAACCCAGCUGCGGUUCUGCUGCGGGCUGCAGUCGUUGCGUGCGUGCGUGCGUGCGUUCUUGCGUGCGUGUGCGUUUUCAUCUGAAUGAGGUAGACGGAGAGGAAGGGGUUUCUGGAGAAGAGAUAGAGAGGGAGGGGAAAGGGGAAAAAAGGAAGAAAAAAAAUAGGUUUGGUCUUCUUUUCCGCUUGACUCUUUUUUUUUAAGCAUGAACGCCGAGACCUGUGUCCCAUACAGCGACAUGACGUCCAUGGAUUCAUAUUAUAGCCCCUCUGCUGCUCAAGGUAGGGAUCACCAGACGGACCACUUUAGGACAUUUCCAGCUAGUGACACCAAAUACAGCCCCAUCGCCUUCCUGUCCAGCAAAGGUCAGGCUUACGGAGAGAAGUCCCGGAGCCCCUUCCAGCAGGAGUGCCAAUCAUUGGAUGCCGCCGCAGCUGGGCAAGGCUCUUUCAGCAAAUACCACCUCUUCAUGCAGAGGUCCCCCUGCAAAACACCGCCCGGGGAGGACAAACUGCACCAGGAGAGAGGACACAACGGAGCGCUCGUCCCGUGCUAUGGUAAGGACAGUUCAGGCCUGACAGACUCUGAUUUGGCCCCGGACCCAGAUCCACCAGGAAUGGACUCCAGAUACCUGGCUGUGAAGGAUCAAGGUGUCAAGGCGACCUCGGAAAGGUCGCCGAGCAACGACUUGGCGAGUCCGCUGGAAAAAGCUGACGGCGGCGAAAGCAACAAGGGCAAGAAGAGACGCAACCGCACCACCUUCACCAGCUACCAGCUCGAGGAGCUGGAGAAGGUUUUUCAAAAGACGCACUACCCGGACGUUUACGCCAGGGAGCAGCUGGCUUUGAGGACUGACCUGACGGAAGCUCGAGUGCAGGUGUGGUUCCAGAACCGGAGAGCAAAGUGGAGAAAGAGGGAGCGAUUUGGUCAGAUGCAGCAGGUCCGAACGCAUUUCUCAACUGCUUACGAGCUGCCUCUUCUAACGCGUCCUGAGAAUUACGCACAGAUCCAGAACCCCUCCUGGAUCGGCAGCAGCAGCGCAGCGUCUCCUGUCCCCGGCUGCGUCGUGCCCUGCGACACCGUGGCCACCUGCAUGACCCCCCACCCUCACUCUGCCAGCGGGGUCUCCGAUUUCCUGGGUGUCCCCAGCCCUGGGGGACACGUUGGACAGCCUCACAUGGGCAGCCUGUUCGGAGGAUCUCCUGGCAUGGCUGCCGGCAUCAACACCUACGAUCUCAACUUAGACCCCGACCGCAAAUCGUCCAGUAUCGCCGCUUUGCGUAUGAAAGCCAAAGAGCACAGCGCUGCCAUUUCUUGGGCAACAUGAUGCGUCGACGCACACAGGAUGGUGGAUCUUACGCAAACACCAGCAAGGAGUGAGGGGCACCUAAUUCAAAACUCCGCAGGAAAAAGUGACUACCUUAAUAAAUGCUGCACCAAAAUGAUUGUGCGUAUAGGAGAUGACUGACGACGAUUUGCCACGUUUCAGUGCCUCUGCUGGAGGAGACCACUGUGCCUGUUCAAAAAAAAAAAAAAUAAUUAAAAAUGAAGAUGCUGUGUGGUCCUAAUAAAAAGACAGAAGAGGGGGAAUUCAAACAAUCCCAUGCACUUAAUCGCCCAAGUUCAUUGACUCUUACUUGUACGUCGCUUUCAGUGGAUGUGGUUUGUAGUUUGGUGCUGUUUUAUUUUGUGGUUUUCUUAUUUUUUGUGGGUUUUAUUUCUUCCAAAUUCUUUUUUUGUUUUGUUUUUACUUUUACAGAUAGUAAAAAAAACACAAACCAAACAGAAAUUCAGUAUUAACGCUUAUCUACAUGUUUUUUUUACCCCCUUUAGCAGUAUUUUUUAGCAUCAGCACACAUUUCACAUAUUUAUUAUCCGAAUUACUGGGGGUGCAAAUAAGAAAAGAGUUUCAGAAAACCAUCCGGCACGUUGAGACGUCCCUCCCUUUUCGGCACAACCGAUAAAAUAAGCAACUAUGAGCGACUAUUUAGGCAAAUCUCAACUCCGACGCCAUUCUGCUGCUCCCUAAACAUUUAAAAGCCCUGGCUUUUAAAUGUUUAAAAGCCAGGAGAAGUUCGAUCGGAGACGGGAGAUCCACCUGCUGCAGUGACUCGGCCUGCCGAUGCCCACAGAGAAGAGGCGGUAGAGGAGGAAGCGUGAGAGGAGGCGCACAGCGGGCCUGCUGCUCUCUGGACCGGAGAGCCUCGGAGAGCCGGCCUCCGAAACAGACUCACCUCUGUCUCUAGAAAGGACAGUCUCUCCAACGAGGGGACUUAACUAUUACCGCUUGCUUUGCUAGUCUCACAAGCUUCAGUAGAAGGAAAUGCCCACUACUCAGACUGCCAGGCAUAACCCAGAAACAAGCAGCCGUCUCGUAAAAGAGGGAAGACUGAAGCAGAUUACAAAGCGGGUGUUGAACCAUUGAAGCCUUGAAAGGCUGUCGUCGCUUAUUUGAAUUUUAACAUCUUUGUGUUUGGUUGUCGAAAGCAGUUCAGUCAUUCAGAAGAAGCAGCAGCAGCAGCACACAUGGUGUACAUUGUUUCUUGUUUGUCUAGUUUCUCCCUUCAAAGCCUUUAAAGCAUCAAUGUUCUUGCUUCAAGCUUGUUGAUUGAAAAACAUCUUUACAGACAGGUGGCCACGCAAUUAACCGUCUAAUGAAGGAAGCCUGGGGUUAAAAUGAUCUAAGUUUACAAGAUAAACCGGGGAUCUGGUAGAGUUUUAGAACAGGUGUACUAGUUACGUGUUUAAAAAACAAAGGAGGGUAAAACAGCUCACCUAAGUCCAUAAAAAGUUUGCCCAGCAGUCCUGUUUCUGAAUGUUGCCACUGAAAAGAAGCACAGAACCUAAAAUAUCUUCAAAUAAAAUGGCCUCAUUGGAAAACUGUGUAAAGGUAAUGAACAUGCAACAGUUGCUUAAAUAACUUUCAGUCAUUCUUGAUGUUAUGUGUUUGUCAGAUGUAUGUUUCUGAUAAUGGGUUACCUGUUUCACACAACAGGCCCACCGCAAGAGCCAACCAGGGGUUAGGAAAAUCUCGGCUGAUUGCCUGUGAUUGACUUAAGGCCUGACGUCUCCAUUUAUACCUAAUUUGGAAAUUGUAAAAAAAAAACAACAAAAAGAAGCUCAUUUCAUUUUUAUGUGAAAAAUUAUUUUUCAACAAUCUAAAGGACGGUAAAGCAUCCGUAAUCGAGCCAAAGCUAAGUAUGUGUUUUUUAUUUCUUUUUCUUGCCAUUGUUGAAAAGAAUUUGAAUGAAAUUCAUAAUUUACCAUAAUUAUUUGAAAAACUCAAACAAAAAUAGGGUUUUUCCAUCUUCUCAAUCAUUUGAGACAUUUUUGUCUGUUACUUUGAGGCACUAAAUGUCAGCUGGAUCUAACCAAGUGUUUCAUUUCACACAGCAUAUCGUUCAUAUAGUUUAACAGUCAGGACAUACAUAUAUAUGUACAUAUUUCCUGCAACUGAAAGCUUGAUCUAGGCUUAAAGCAAAACAAAGCUCAUCAGAGACUCAAAAAGUGAAUUUGAAACAUUGCAGCAGGAUUUUCCCACAUUGAAUCCUAUUCGCUUCCUCUUAUGGUUGGUCAGAGCAGCGACCUGCAGGCCACAACCAUUCAGCAGAGAUCCCCCUCCCUAAAAUCAUCAACGUUAUCUAAAACUCAAAUACAAGUUGUGUGUGUGUGUGUGUGUGUAUUCCUCUUGAGAUUUGGGCCCCCUGUGGUGUGGCCGCGGGGUUGGACGGAGGGCGAGUUUGCGAGGGCGUCUGUGUGUUCCGGUGUUCUGGGAAAAGGACAGUGCACACAGCUGCGCUCGAGGGGGCAAAUGCAAAACAAACAUGCCUCACACAUGCUUUCACUCUCAGCUGCCACGGAUCUGCUUUCAAAAGAUUCACCCCAUAUCACACGACGCACCGCGCCUCUUCCCGGGGGGUCAAUUCCACCACGUCCAGCGGUCCCCCGAGCCGGAGCCCCUCAUCAGCUCCAGGGUCCGAAGGCCCGGCCGGAUCAGGAAGGCUCUUUAAUUAACGCAGAGCCGUGUGGAGGCUGCAGGCCAGCGGAUUGUGUGUCGGGAUGGACAGGACCGUCUGUCUCUGGUUUAAUGAACACCGCCCAUCUGCACGGAGCACGCCAGCACGGAGAUGCUCAGGUUUACAGAACAGAUACUCCGCGUUUUAGCUUUUUGUAAGACUUUAUUAAUAUUUUUUAUUAAACCUUGUCCCUGUGCGCUGCAUUUAAGUCUGCCAUGAAUGACACCAUUUUCCCCUGAUACUCUCCGUUUCUGAUACUACUGAAGUCAAGCGAUCAGUAUAGGAGUGACCGUGUGAUGAAUACAUGUUGCUGGUGCAUUGUUGUACAUUUGUCCUAACGCUUGGAAAUGUUUUUUAAAUUUUAUGACGUUUGGUUGAUGUUUUGAGUCCGUUUAUCAAGUAUUUGAAUGUACUUUCAAAUACACUUUGAACAUAUACUUUGUUUUUUUUUUAAACUUGGAGGUGUAUAAUUGUGUUUUAAAGAAUUUCUUGGCUUAUGUUCUCUAAAAUGUUUUUUUUUUUUUUUUCAUGUUUGUAGCUUUAAGCUGCCUUUUGAGUUAAGAAAUCUGCCCUCGCUUGUGUUGUUUGACGGAUUAAAGUUCUAUAAGUUAUUGCACCUUGGUGAGAGUUCAUUAUGGGCAUUCAAGGUGAUGGCAUACUCGCGUAGGGUUGAUAAAUAUAUGGUGAUAUAUACCCAGAUUUUUUUUUUCAUGAGAAUUAUGGGGAUUAAGAACAGUGAACUGGAAAUUGUAGGUCAUUUAAACAAGUGGAUUCAUAUCCAGACAUACGUACGGCUCUAUGUGUAUGCGACUGAGAAAUAGCAUGGAUAAACUUGCAUAAAGUCAAAUUGUUUUAGUAAAGAUCAUCCUAAAAUAUAUGUCCCAAUUACAGUCAUGGAAGAAAUGUAUUAGACCACCCUUGUCUACUUAAGGUUUGUGUUGAUCUUAAUGUCUGGUACGACCAAAGGUACAAAUACAACAAACAAAUAUCAAAUUAGUUUCAUUUAGAAGCUCAUUUCUAGCCAUUUUCUAUGGUUUUGAUAAUCAAACUCACUUCUUACAUAGUUAUUGCAUUGCACUGCCAAAAAACAGCUUUUUGGCAUUCCAGGUUUUCUUGUCUGUUUUAGUCACGCAAUGCACAGGAGUUAGUACUCGAUUGCGUAACCAUUGUUUUUGAUGACUGUUGCCAAGAAAUUGAAGAAAAUAAUGUUUUUCCCCUUGACUGCAUAGUUUAAAUUCCAUUUCAAGGCCAGCUUUCAGAAUUUUUAUUUUCAGGUUUAAGUUUGUUUAAUCCCAUCUUCUGUCCAUUAAAGGGGGCAUUACGUUUUACUGGUUAAUGAAAAGCCCUGGCUAUAUUAGAGAGUGUGUUCUUAAAAAUAAUUCAAGAGCAUUAACCAUUUCAGCAGUAAAAAAAAAAAAAGUUUAGACUGUAGUCUUUUUUUGUAAGCAAAACACAAUUAGCUUUUUUUUACUUUUGAGUUGACUAUUUCACAGGGCCGAAGUACAGAGCAUGACAGAAAUACCUGCAGGUAGACCAGUGUUCAUGUGCUGUAAAUAAUAGUUACGUUUAACUUUCAUUGUUAAAAUAUACAGUUUAACAGAGGAAGUAGAAGGUUCUUAAGAGUGAAGACAAAGAGCAGAAGGAGAAAGAGAUAAUCCAUGAGCAUUUACAGAAAGGAGGCUAAGUUCAGAAGUGGGAAUUCAUUCUUUUCAUUGCAGAACAUUAAGAAAUGGUCAAAUAUGUGGCCACUUUUUAUCAGUUUAGCAUUCCCGUGAUUUAUAUGUGGUAAUUUAUCACAUUUUUAACUCCUGAAAGGACAGCAUGCAUUUGAGUUUGUAUAAAACUUUCUAAAAAGAAAGUUUAGUAUAUUUCAAUUGCUUUCAUGAACGAAUAUCAAGCUAUGGGCAAUUUUCUUAUAAAAAAAACAACAAAAAAAACAAUUCCUAACAGAGGUUUUGUUGCCAGAAUUUAAAUAAAUAAAUAGUUGCAGCACCUGGUCUGUAACUGGUGGUUGUUCCAUUAAGUUGCUCAAUGAACCAAAUACUUGGAUGAGGUCAUACAAGGCCUAACACCACUUGUCACUUUCAGUUCUUAGAAAAAGCCUUUUGACAGUAAUAAUAGAGGUUGGGUGCCAUUUGCAAAUAACUUGUUUAAAUAUGUAAAAAAAAAAA